CCAAAAGUAAAAUAUCUUAUGGUAGCCCUGUGUAAGCUGUCAAUCAGUAGGAGAAAAAGAAAUAUGGCAGCCUUCCUAAAUUCACGUGGAAAUGGCUGCAAAGUUUUGAUGCGAAUUUCGUCAUUUCGACGGAUUCAAUCGGCAAAGGACAUAAACAGAAAGAUUUUCGGUUUGAAUAUCGUAUCAAGAGCCUUCAGUACGUUGCGUACUCCACCAUUACAAAGUGGUAGAUGUUUUGGGAAGAAGCGCCUGGGAGAGAUAUCAUGGUCACAAUGGAGAGCUGCUUACGUGCCAGCGAUGGGCUCUCGAGGCUUCGCUCAGGAUGCCUCAAACAAUGGUAUAACAGAAGGGGUUUUACCCGUUGAGAAAGUUGAAUCAGCUGUCAAUGAAAUCCUCCAAGGCAGCACGCCUCUUGCAGAGAACCCUUUUGUUACCAACCCUACGGAAGCAGGUUCUACAAGUAUCGACAUUGUUCAAGGGGUUGCAGGUGCUGUGAAUGCUAUUGGUGAGCCUACGCUUGCAAGUAUGGGUCUGGGCGGAACUACCCCGAUCGGACUUGUACAGCAUGCGCUCGAGAUGCUUCACACUACAGUUGGGCUACCGUGGGUGUGGUCUAUCGUAGCAGCAACAAUAGCAUUUCGUACGUUAAUGUUUCCAUUGAUAGUGAAGUCUCAAGCUAAUGCAGCAAGAUUGAAUAAUGUGAAACCAGAGCUAGAGGAAGUUCAAGCUCAGUUGAGAGAUUUGAUGAACUCUAAUAAUGCUAUCGGGAAAGCAGCUGCCAGUGCAAGGCUACAACAGCUCUAUAAGGAUAAUGAUUGUCAUCCUAUCAAGAGUAUAAUAGCCCCACUAGUGCAAGUUCCAUUGUUUAUCUCAUUUUUUGUUGGCUUGCGGCGAAUGGCUAAUCUACCAGUUGAGUCAUUCAAAGAAGGAGGACUAUUUUGGUUCACAGACCUGACAGCAUAUGACCCCUAUUUCGUGCUCCCUAUUGUCUGCAGUCUCACUAUGCUGGCAUCUAUUGAGCUUGGUGGUGAGGCUGGUGUGAGUAAUCCUCAGAUGCAACACAUGAAAACAUUCUUCAGGGUCAUGUGUGUCGCGAUGAUCCCAUUAACAGCACAGUUUCCUGCGGCCAUCUUUACAUACUGGGUGACGUCAAACCUAUUUUCCCUCGGCCAAGUUUCCCUGCUGAAGGUGAAGGCCGUGAGGGAGUACUUUGGGAUCCCUGAGAUGAAAGUGCACAAGAACCUGCCUGCCCAAGGAGGAUUCUGGGAAAACAUGUCAGCAGGCUAUAAGAAUGCAAAAGAGGAAGCGUACGUGAAGCAUCAUGAGAAAAUGAAGCGGCAGAAGGAGAAGGCUCUCGGUACAGCCCCACUUGAGACCACAUACGAACACAACCCGCGUAUCAAGCACAAUCAAGAAGUGUUUGCCGCCGCCAAGAGAAAGAAAGGCAAAGACAGAAUAAACAGCCAGGCUGCACCCCCCAUGUAGAUGGCACGGUGACCCUUCCAUGUGAAUAGCGAACUCAAGCAACGGGACGGCAAAGGAGAACGUGACCAAAAAAUGCUUAGAGCUAUAUUCUAAACAACCAGCUAGGAUAAAAAAAAAGACUCGGUCUCGCCUUAGUUAACAAAGAUGGUUAUGUUUACAGAAUGUUUAGCGAACGUCUCCUCUCUCGCUAGACCGUGAAAAUUUAGAGGAAAAUUUCGGGAAUGUAUCAGACAAUCAUGCACUCUGCAUUGGGUGUUUUUAUGAAUUUUAUCCUGUGUUUUCUGCCUGUUUUCUGCCGACGCGUCCCUGUAUUGUCGCCGUUAGUAAGCACUGGCCUCUUUCAUGUUCCAUUAAAUGAGAAGAGAAAGAAUGUCGGUCAUUAAGCAUUCGCUGAUAGCUUUUUGGAUAUACACAAUGAACGCUGUAUAUAAAUGAAUCAACUACAGGGGCCGGUUCCUGAAAAGCCGAUUAGCGCUAAUCCAGUGUUAAAUAACCUACGGUUUAGUUGGCAACACAGGCCUCCCAAACUUUGUAGUAGUUUUAUAACUAAAGUUUUAUAAGAUUAAAUGAAGUUGCCGACAAGAAAGACGUGUCACAAAAACAAUGUAGGGAUCAAAUGUCCUAACAUUUAGCUUUGUUAUGCGACCUUCGUUGCGAUGCUGACUCGAAAAUUGUGCUGGGACAGACAGAAAGUUACAUGAAAUUUAUACUUGAAAUGAAUCUGUCUCGCUAGUGUCACGCACCAAACCGAUUCCUGCAAAUGACAUUUUUGGUAAAGAAAUGGAGGUAAUUACAGGCGAUGUAGAGGUGUUUGGGGGCGUCUCUGCGAAAACAAAACCACAAAAAAUAAAUUUGAGUUGCUUUCUAUUGA